UGCGAGCGGGGUGUUGGGUUUCUAGUGUGGAUAUGAAAGUUGCCGUGGCCCACAAAUUUGAGGCAAAUGUAUUAUAGCUGAAAAAUGCCUUGCACAAUUCUCGCAUACCAUGUCCUUUGCAUUGUCUGUUUAUUUCCUCGCCCGUCCAUCUCGGCACAGAGUCGAGUUGAGUCGCGAUACAGGCAUUGGGCUUCUCCUUUCACCGAUCACCCUGACUCGACACUUGCUUCCGUACCGGUAUUCCUCCCUUGAUAGCAGCAACAGUGGCGGCGGCGGCAGCGGCGGCGGUGGCUGCGUACACCACACCGCUUCCCCUCGCGUCCAGGCAUCGCCUAGUCAGCAAGCACCCUUGCGUCCGCCUUGUCCGCUGCGCGCCCUCGAUCCAACUCCGUCUUACUCGCGUGCACCGGCGGUCAUUCCUUCCAUCCUUUCCAUCCUUGCUGUCACCUCGCGCGGAGAAAUAUUCAGCUUAUACUUUCAUCUUCGACGUCGGCCCCCAAGGUAUGGUUCCUCCGUUCGUUCUUUCGGAGAGAGAGAGGGAGAAGGAGGGCGGGUGUCGGAUCGGAGCUGACGUGCAGGAUGCGAUGCCUGCACGGCCAGUACAAUCGACUUGCACGUGCAUAGGUAGUCAUGUGCAUAUAACGGAUUGAGAUCCUC